CUGAGACUCAGCUCGGAGCGGCUGAACAUGCCGGAUGGUCGCUCGUAGAGUGCAGAUAGUUCAAAAACACUUGUCAGACAGUCUUGCAGCCAUGACUUGCAUACAUCCCCAGCAUGGAGGCCAGCCCAAUGAGAACAGCUUUGUUAGCAGCGACUUCCAGAGCGCAGACUUCAUCUCCAGACUGGCAGCGGACAUGAGCACCCCCCGGGACCACCUCUCUGCUCCGUCUCUGCCCAGCAUCAGUUCCCUGGUGGGCACACCUGCAGGAGCCUUCGAUGCAUAUUCAUGCCAGUUUACUACAGCUCCUACCCAUGUCACCCCGAUAUCGGGCCAGGAAAGCCCUUUCAAGUUGGAUGAACUCCAAGUUUACGGUUGCUACCCAGGAUCGUUCAUGCUGACUUAUCCAGAUGAGGCUGUGUCCCCUAGUGGGUCGGAUUACUUUGGCAGCCCUGCGUCAGCCUCGUCUCCCUCCACGCCCAGCUUCCAGAGUCAGCAUGCGUCUAACUGGGAUUCGGCCUUCGGGCCUUACUCCCCCAGUCAAGGCUACUGGGCGGCCGAGGACUCCUCAGUAUCACACGCAGCAUCUUUUUUCACAUUUGCCCCAGGAUCUGCUGAGGAUAUGUCUCAUUUGGGUCAGCCACUUUUGCGAGAGCAGGAACCUUUAGCUGUGGCUCAUCCUCAGGCCUGUGCAGUGACUUUCCCUGCCAUGGGCAUGGAGCAGGCCCCUAGUCUUGAUGGAGCAGAACUUCUGGACGGAAACUUAUCGCCCAAGUUAAGAAGUGGAAAUGAGGGUGGCUGCGCUGUGUGCGGAGACAACGCCUCGUGUCAGCACUACGGGGUUCGCACCUGUGAGGGAUGCAAAGGCUUUUUCAAACGCACAGUUCAAAAAAAUUCCAAGUAUGUUUGCCUUGCCAACAAAGACUGUCCUGUGGACAAGAGGAGGCGAAACCGGUGCCAGUUCUGUCGCUUCCAGAAGUGUCUGGCAGUGGGAAUGGUCAGAGAAGUUGUGAGAACAGAUAGCCUAAAAGGACGAAGGGGUCGCCUACCAUCCAAACCUAAAGUGGUUCAAGAUGCGACAACGACCGUGUCUCCAGUGAGCAUGAUAGCAUCACUGGUGAGGGCCCACAUCGACUCCAACCCCGGCGUCGGGACUCUGGAUUACUCCAAGUAUGUUGAGAAGGAAGUCAGCAUGGACCAGAAAGAAGAUGCGAAUGACAUCAAACAGUUUUACGACCUCCUCACAGCCUCUAUGGAGGUGAUCAGGAAGUGGGCGAAGGACAUCCCUGGAUUCUCAGAGUUCUGCACGGAGGAUCAGGAACUGCUGCUGGAAUCUGCAUUUGUUGAACUCUUCAUCCUGCGUCUUGCAUAUCGAUCUAACCCUAAAAUGGAGAAGCUGAUCUUCUGCAACGGGGACGUGCUUCAUAAAACCCAGUGUGUGCGAGGCUUUGGGGACUGGAUCGACUCCAUCCUGGAAUUUUCUGAAAGUCUUCAUCGUAUGAAGCUGGACAUCUCCUCCUUCUCUUGUCUUACAGCUCUGGUCAUCAUCACCGACCGACAUGGUCUUAAGGACCCAAAACACGUGGAGGAUUUGCAGAACCAGCUCAUCACCUGCCUUAAAGACCACGUGUCUGGCUGCGGUUCAGAGUCCUUGCGGCCCAAUUACUUGUCUAGACUUCUCGGGAAGCUGCCCGAGCUCCGGACUCUGUGCACACAAGGCCUUCAGCGCAUCUUUUACCUGAAGCUAGAAGAUCUCGUUCCUCCACCGCCGAUUGUGGAAAAAAUCUUCAUGGACACGCUGCCAUUCUGAGAGCGAGCCGUGAGAUUGUUCAUCUGUGAAAUAAAACUUGGGAGUUCAUUUUCAAGCCAAAGGGAAGGGACUGAGUGCUCAUGCUCCGGGUACCAAAGUGACACUGCUCAGAAGUUUAGAGAAAUUAUAAUCCUUCGGGAUUCUGCAGCACCAGAGACGGAGUGCUGCUUCUGAAUUAUAACGGAAAUGACAGAAAAAUACAUCUCUGGAAACUGUGUAGUCCCCAGAUGGAGAUUGAAUGGCCAGCUCAUGGACCAAACAGUGACUGUUUACAUACAACUAUGUGCCAUGAUUGGAACCACACCUGAUGAAGGGAACGUGACUGCACUUGCCAACCAGUUACACAUUAAAAACAAAUCAAAUCUGCACCAUCUUUUCAAUGUUCAAACCAAUCAAUCAUUUUUGCAGAGCUACUUCUGCGACACGAGCCCCUCAGAAACUCCAUUACACUUUAUGUUUAAGGCCACCAUGGCAUUUUUGGUGAUAAGAAAGUAGGUUAAACCUACAGCAUUAUUUAGUGAUGUCAUUCAUGUAUCAUGAAGUAGCAUUGAGCAGCUAAAAUACAAUGUAUAAUCUAGUACAGUCUUACACACUGAUCUUGUUUGUAAAUGAUUUUAAACCUGCAGGUGUUUUGCCACAUCAAGUGCAUUCUACAGAACUUUUGUUGUGGGUUUCUUCUUUUUAAUAAGAUGAUAUUGUGUUGCAGCUAAAUGUGAAAUAAAACGUAGAACUGCACAUUUUAAAUGAAUUUGCAAUCUUUACUCAUGUUUAUUUAGAUAUGGGCUUCUGUUAUUGCCUUUAAAAAAAUUACAUUCUCACUAGCUAAUUAGUAUAGACAACAGAUUUUUUUUCCUGGUCUUUAUAAACACUGACUGUCUCACGUUAUAUUUAGAACAAUAUAGUUGCUUAGUUGUUUAAACGGCGCUCUACCAGCACACUUUAAACCCGAGCUAAGUACAGCUUCUUUUUUUGGCAACAGAUAAGAACCUACUAUUGAAAAAUGUCCCCCCCCCCAUCACCCUCCUCCCUCCCAGUUAUGUGCUGGUCUCUUUUUAGACGGCAGUGGAAUUCCCAGUCAGGUCUCACAUAACCCAGACUGCUCCAUCAUUUGUGCAUUGCCACUCUUUCACAUGAGCGCAUGACCGUAUGGCAUCACAUGAAUGUACACCUCGUAUUGUUAAAAAAAAUAAACCCCACCGUUCAUGGUUAUGAAAUAAUAUUUACUUCCCAGGCGCACAUGGGAGCGGAUGACACACUGCAGCGGUUCACAAAGUCAGCA